AUGACCACCUUUAGAUUUUGCAGAGAUUGUAACAAUAUGCUGUACCCAAGGGAAGAUAAAGAGAACCAACGACUUUUGUUCGAGUGUCGUACUUGUGCGUACGCAGAAGAGGCGGGAACUCCAAUGGUCUAUAGACACGAACUGAUCACGAAUAUUGGUGAGACGGCCGGUGUGGUACAGGAUAUUGGGUCCGAUCCCACGCUUCCGCGUUCAGAUCGAGAGUGUCCGCGCUGUCACUCGCACGAAAAUGUUUUCUUUCAAUCGCAACAGCGGCGUAGCGAUACCUCUAUGGUGCUGUUUUUCGUAUGUUUAGGAUGCUCUUUCAUCUUCACAAGUGACCAGAAGAACAAGCGUACGGCAUUCAACUAG